UAUCAGCACUGUACAAAGACUUGGCAAAACAAAUGCUUGCAAAAAUAUAUGCUAGACUUUCUGUAGCAAGUGCUGGUCCGAAUAUUUAAGAGUAGCUCGACCUUUAAAAGCUGUGAUUUGUCAAAAAAAAUCAACUACAUUUACUUUUAUUAGAGAAUUCUAAACUUAUAUGAACUUAACGACUUUUGCUCGAAAAAAAAAAACAAAACAAAAUAGAAGUUUCACAUAACUUACCAAAAUUGGAUAAACACUCGUAAACGAAGAUAGUUGAAGCAAAAAAAAACUUUUUACAAGCAACUUGCUCCAUUAAAAUGGCUGCUAUUAUCCGUGGCACAGGAAUUCUGCAGCUUUUGAUCAUUGCGCUGGCCUCGAGUCUCAGCCUAGUUGCGGCUUAUGUUGACGGCUGCGAGGAUGACUGGGAUUGCCAAUAUUGGUAUGACGAUGACGAGUAUCAGUGCUGCAUCAAUGCAGAUUGUCAUAAAUACUGCCUUUUGGAUGUGUUCUUACUGCUGCUCAUUCCGUGUGCAUGCUGCGGAGCUCUUGCCGCAGCUAUCUCUGUCGCCGUCUACUGCAUCCACAAAAACAAAAAGAAGAAACGAGAACUAAGUCACUGGCAGCGAGGAGCGGGCGGAACCAUGGCUGGACUGAUCCCCUUAAACUACACCUACCCUCCAGAACCGACUGCAGGAGAGCACCUGCAUCCAGAUCCACCGAAAUACCAGGCUAAGCAGACUCAAACGUCUGAUGAAGAGAAGACAGUGGCUGGCAAAUAUCAACGCAUGGAAUAAUCUGGAUGUGUGAACAAACAGCUGAACAGAUUCAAAUUAAUUUGAACAAAAUGGCAAAUGAUAACCAUACUUAAUAGCACAUAAGGUUUUCUUGGGUUGUAAAAAACUCCAAUAUAAUAGUAUAAAAGAAAGAGUAAGAAAAAACAAAAAAAUUAUUGUGAAAACUUGAGAUAGAUUAAAUUAUUUUGUUAUCAGUUGCCAACAGAAAAGCAGAUAAACAGAUUUAUGAAAAAACUGUGCAAACUCCAGCUGUUGCAAAAAAUUGUAAAUAUAUUGUAAACAGAUGUAAACAUUACAACAUUAGAAGAGGAAACAAAACGAAGAUUUUGAAUAACUUUUUUAUGAUU